AAUGACAUACACUAUAAAAUGGCGUCGAGUCUUUUUGGUUGAGUUGAAGUCUCCGUUACGUUGCUGUAUUUUACAUAUUGUGAAAACUGUGUUGUGUUAUUAAUUGUGACUGUGCUUUUAAACCUUUAGACUAGACUUUACUGUGAUAUUAAACGUGAAACCUCAUUAUGAGUAAUUACGAUGACGAACAAUGUGAAGAUGGAGAAUUAGCGCGUAGUCCUGUUCAAGACGACGAAGACAUGGAUUUCAGUUUGUCUGACGAAGACCGUGAUAAUGCUGAUUCUUUGGUGAUCAAGCCUCCCCAAGCUGUCAUUCGGCCAUCUCAUAGAGACAGGAGAGGACACAAGAGAUCUGUCAAAGACAGAUACAAAGAAAGUUCAAGGAAAGACAAGAAACAUAUUUACAGGGACCGUGAAAAGUCUGAUAAACCUACUAGAGAAAACUCUAAAGCUCUUGAACGUGAUGACAUGUCCAAAGAUUAUCAUAGAGAUAAACAAUACUUCAGGGAAAAAGAUUCUUAUCGAGACAAAGAAGUUAGAGAAAAAGAAAUGGUUCGAGAUAGAGAAAUGAGGGAUAAAGAUGUGUAUAGAGAAAAAGAUCCUUACCGAGAGAAAGAAAGUUAUAGAGAGAAGGAAUCUUAUAGGGAAAAAGACCCUUAUAGAGAAAAAGAAGCCUAUAGAGAGAAGGAGUCAUAUAGAGAUAAAGAACAGUACAGGGAAAAAGAUGCAUACAGAGAAAAAGAAGUGUACAGAGACAAAGAAGCUUACAGAGAAAAGGAAGGAUACAGGGAAAAAGAAGCAUACAGAGAAAAAGAGUCAUACAAAGAGAGAGAACACUACCGUGACAGGGAAAUGUUCAGAGACCCAUCUUAUCGAGAAGCAGCAAGACCGAGAGAAGCAUACCGAGACAAGGAGUCGCAGAGGGAUAGAGAUGGAUAUACAAAUCGUGAAAGACAAUAUAAGGGUCCUGAAACUGAACGGAAGCACCAGGAUAAUGAAAGAAUAGAAUCUAGACUAAGACUGCUAGCAGAAGAUGGACAUGCAAAUCAUAACAAUGAAAAAGAAAAUAGAUCAUCUGGGGAUAAGGCUUUAGAAGAUUUAAGGAGUAGACUAUUAAGUAAAAGAAUGCAGAGUAAUGACCAAAAAAGACAGAGUGAUUAUACAGAGAAGGAGUCCAAGCCUGAAAGACAACCUGCUCUGGAUAAACACCAACAAGAAAGAAGAAACAAGUUACUAGAAGCUGAAAGAGAAAUGGAAAAAAGAAAAACAGAAUCACGCAAUGAAUUGGAAGCUAGGCGUGAAGAGCGUCGUCGCCGGGGUAAAAAACGCUCAGCGUCCACCGAAGAGCCUUCUAGCAAAAAAAAUAAAUCCACACAUUCUCCACACUAUGGGGAUGUUGUCACAGUAUCUGAUGCUAGUGAUGUCGACCUUAAGAGUGAGGCAGAAUCAAAUUCAGAACAAGAGGAAGGUGAGCAUUCAAAUAGUGAAACAGAUGAUGGUAGUUCUAGUACAGAUUCAGAUUCUGGUGCUGAUUCAAAAUCAGAAGAAGGUGAUGAAAAUGAAGAAGACAGGAAAACUGAUAAGGAAGAAGAGCAAAAAUCUGAUAUAGUAAAACAAAAAUCUAAAUCACCACCUGUUCGCAAAUCAAAUCAUGGGACGCCAUCCUCAAAUGAUUCUAGAAGAUCACUAUCUAGAUCCAAAAGUAGAAGCAGGUCUCACUCUUUCUCGCCUCCUCCACCUGGAGAAAAUGGGAAGCCAGCAGAAGAGGAACCAUCUAAAGAAGAUGAAGAGCAAGUGCGUCUUAGGGAAGAAGUUAUUAAUGCUCUGCCGCCAUAUUUCCCAGCACUACAGGGGUGUCGAUCAGUUGAGGAGUUUCAAUGUCUGAAUAGAAUAGAGGAAGGCACAUAUGGAGUUGUUUACAGAGCUCGAGACAAAACAAGUGAUGAAAUAGUUGCUUUGAAGCGACUAAAGAUGGAAAAGGAAAAGGAAGGCUUCCCUAUUACAUCUCUGAGAGAGAUCAACACAUUACUUAAGGGCCAACACCCGAAUAUAGUCACCGUGAGGGAGAUCGUGGUGGGCUCCAAUAUGGACAAGAUUUUCAUCGUCAUGGAUUACGUGGAGCAUGAUCUGAAAAGUCUUAUGGAAACUAUGAGGGGAAAGAAGCAGGUGUUUUUACCUGGGGAAGUAAAAUGUCUGAUGACUCAAUUGCUGAAAGCUGUCCACCAUCUUCACGACAACUGGAUAUUACAUAGGGAUCUCAAGACCAGUAAUCUUCUUCUUUCACACAAGGGAAUACUUAAAGUGGGCGAUUUCGGUUUAGCCCGCGAGUACGGUUCGCCGCUGCGCCAGUACACGCCCAUAGUCGUAACCCUGUGGUACCGCGCGCCCGAGCUGCUGCUGUGCGGCAAGGAGUACUCCACGCCCAUCGACAUGUGGAGUGUGGGCUGCAUCUUCGCCGAGUUUAUCACUAUGAAUCCGCUGUUCCCUGGAAAGUCCGAAGUGGAUCAGUUGAAUAGAAUUUUCAAGGACCUGGGCACUCCGUCGGAGCUGGUGUGGCCGGGCUACAGCGAGCUGCCGGCCGUGCAGAAGAUGACGUUCGCGGAGCACCCGGCGGGCGGGCUGCGGCAGCGCGUGGGCGCCGACCUGCUGUCCGAGACCGGCCUGUCGCUGCUGCAGGCGCUGCUCACCUACAACCCCGCCCGCAGGAUCACCGCCGAUGCCGCCUUGGAGCAUAAAUACUUUCAGGAGCAACCGGUGGCCAUCGACCCGGCGAUGUUCCCGACGUGGCCGGCCAAGUCGGAGGGCAAGAGCCGCAGCACGCACAGCCCGCGGCCGCCGGCGGGCGGCGCGGCCUACGCGCAGUACGCGCGCGCCGACUCCGACGAGGCGCUCGGCUUCCGCGUGCAGCCCGCGCGCUCGCUCAACGUCGCGCCCGGCUUCUCGCUCAAGUUCUAGCGCUCCGAGAACAACAAAACUCGGUGACACCCUCACUGAUUUUGUUGCUCGCCUACCAUACUACUCUACAGAAACUGCCGUUCUAUGUGAUACGUUUCAAACCGUGAUCCGUUUACAUGAUGUUAGGAUUCACAUUUUAAAUGUAUCCUGUAAUAUUACCAGAACCAAUGUAUGAUAAUUGAUAAACUGUCUAGUGACGCAUUUACUGAACGAGUUGUUUGUUGUGUUACGAGUACUUGUUGAUGUUUGGCACAAAAAUGCUUACUUUUCCUUACCUCGCUAGUGAUAAGGUCUUCAUCUUUUGAAUGGUAUUUAACUAUUUAUUAUCAGAUCACCCGGCAGUGUUAUUUGUGCCGCGAGAAAUUAGAUGUUGUCUUUCCAGUAAAAAAGUCAAGACAAAUAUGCUUCAUCAGCAUUAGCAUUGCAUUUUGUGCAAACAUGGGUAAAACCAAUAACCACGUGUACUUAUAAAAUGGAUAUUUAUAACACGUAGUGGUAUUUUUAACUAUAUAAAUUAGUCAAACACUUGGUGUCAUAGGAAAUGUAUAUACAUAGAUCGAUAUUUUUGCAUAACAAUUAAAUACUAUGUAAAUGUGGCCAGUUUAAAUUCUGUAAGAUGAUUUAUCAUCAGUAGUAGAGAACAUAAUCAUUCUUUACAAUUAAAUAAUUCACUUUUUAGUUCAAAUAUGAAUGUAAAUAGGGUUAAACUUUUUGCUAUUAAAUCUGUUAAUGGUAUACCUUUUCAUUAUGGUAGAAAUAGAAUAGAUUUAGUGUAAUUAGCAUUAUUAUUAAAAUAUGGUACAAUAUAACAUGUUUUGACAACAA